UGGCUUGUGUAUAAAAGGGAGGUACUGUGAACGUUUCAUUCAACAGCAUCAUACAGCCAACAUGAGGUCACUUGUCUUGCUUGUGCUCCUUGGAGCUGCAUUUGCUUUUGAGGAUGACAAGAUUGUCGGGGGUUAUGAGUGCACACCCUACUCCCAGCCCUGGCAGGUGUCUCUGAAUGUUGGCUACCACUUCUGUGGUGGCUCUCUGGUGAACGAGAACUGGGUUGUGUCUGCUGCCCACUGCUACAAAUCUCGCAUUGAAGUUCGUCUGGGCGAGCACAACAUCCAGGUUAACGAGGGCACUGAGCAGUUCGUCGACUCUUCUCGCGUCAUCAGAAACCCCAACUACAACUCCUGGACCCUUGACAGUGACAUCAUGCUGGUCAAGCUGAGCCAGCCUGCUAACUUGAACUCAUAUGUGAAGCCUGUGUCCCUGCCCAAGAGCUGUGCUGCUGCUGGAACCAUGUGCCUCGUCUCCGGCUGGGGAAACACCAUGAGCUCCACUGCUGACAGCAACAAGCUGCAGUGUCUGGAGAUCCCCAUCAUCUCCACCACCGACUGUGAGAACUCCUACCCUGGCAUGAUCACCAACACCAUGUUCUGCGCUGGAUACCUGGAGGGAGGCAAGGACUCUUGCCAGGGUGAUUCCGGUGGCCCCGUGGUGUGCAAUGGUGAGCUGCAGGGUGUUGUGUCCUGGGGUUACGGCUGUGCUGAGAAGAACCACCCUGGUGUCUACGCCAAGGUCUGCAUGUUCUCCACCUGGCUUGCUGACACAAUGGCCAGCAACUAAAAAUGACCAAGAACCUUCACAAGUCAACACCAUCAAAUGAAGCUCAACACAAGAUAAUAAAAAUAAAUAAAUAAAUAAAUAUUCUUGAAAGAAAAAA